AAGAGACGUUCUCUGUCAUUGUCGAAAAAUCGGUCGAAUGAGGACUUGGGAGAAGUGGACGCUGGACAAACUGGAGGGAGGAGGAUGCUGAAGGAGGCGCAGUGAAGCUCGCUAGCUUGGUUGGCGUGUUCACUUGAGGAGCCACAAAUUAGCCAAACUGACAACUCCGUGCAUGGCUACGUGAAGAAGAAAAAAACACCCGCCCGCAACUUAAACGAACGUCGUUAAUAGCCGACUCGACGUAAUAAGCGCUAAAGCUAACAUGAGCGAUGUGAGUGAGGAGUCGCUGCUGGACUACUUCUACGCCACUGCGGGCAGCUCGGGCAAAGUGAAAAAUGCAGACAUACUGAAGACUUUUAAGCCUUUUAUUGGCCACAGUGACGCGCAAUUGCGUGCUAAAUACAGAGAAGAAUUCAAGCUCAUUAUUGACAGAAUUGCUGUCGUCAAGUCAGAAAACGGUGAGAAGUAUCUUUUCCUCAAGAAGAAAUACAGACAGCUGCUGCAAGCGCGAGACAAAGACAAAACUCGCACACCCGAUGUGGACAACACGGUGCUUGCUAAAGCACAGGGGGAUGUCACUGAUUCUUUCGCUUCUGCCUCACAACAGAGGGAAUGUCAGGAUGAGCUGAUCACAUGCAGCGAACCAGAUAGUGUUCCGGAGUGGGAGUCUGAGCAGGACGAGGAGUCAACUGGUAGUAUGGGUUCAGCUGCAGUUGCACUGGAUCCUCUAGAAAAGGAGUGGAUCUACUUUGCAGCUGGUGCUAGAGUUCUUGACCUCAGUCAGCUGCUUCGACAGGACCCAUCGCUUGCCAACAAGAAGGACUUUACAUCUUUUACGGCUCUGCACUGGGCUGCCAAACACGGCAAUGAGGACAUGGCAAAUUUGAUAGCAAAUGCCGGUGCUGAUGUCAACACCAAAUCGCAUGUGAGUAUCCUGUGGUACGUUUGGCAAGAGUGCGGGUGCUCGGCUAAUAAAUCAUCACAUCAUGUCAUGUUAAUUGUCUCCCAUAACAAGUUUGUGUCCAGCAUGCACUGCUCUGAAACCAUGCAAUUUUCAACGAAUUACCUGGCAAUUAUGUUUUUAUCAUUAUAUUGUGUUUCCACAAGUUUUUCUAAUUUGUAUUUUCUUUCCACGCUCUUUGCGUUGGCCGCCCGGGGCGCUGGGAAACUCCAGGGGGGAUAUACGCCUUUACACAUCGCAGCACUGCAUGGCCAUCAGAACAUUCUUCAUCUGCUCGUAGGGACUUAUGGUGCAAAAGACAAUUUGAGGGAUUACAGCGGGCGUCUUCCAUUGCAUUACCUCAACCCCAAAGAAGCAGAAGGCCCACUGGAGGAAGACAGCGAUUUACCAGAAUUUCAAGUGUCUCAGGCUAGAGAGCGGAACAGAAACAGGAAGUUGGCGUCGCUCUUCCAAUCCAAAAAGAAGUGGGGCUCAGCCGAGGACCUGGCACCUAUCGAGGAAGAGAGGACACCGUCGCAUCAGCUCGCCCUUCCCGCCUUCAGACCCAGGAAGUUCUCUCGUUGAGGGAUGACGAACCCUCAGGAGCGUUUUGCAAGUUAAAUUCAGCUAUUACACUUUAUCAUUGCUUUCUAUAUUUUAUGGCCAUACCAGUAUUUACACUCCAAAGAAUGUUGGUUUAUGUUACUUAUCGAACUUAAUUGCCUUCUAGCUCAGGAUCAUUUUCAAGUUUAAGAUUGCCAUUGUGUUUCAUUUACACUUUAAUCCCCAAAAAACAAAAGUAGCUUUUAUUGGGAAAGCUAAAUAACUACCUAAACGGAAUGCUUUACUAUUUACUUUAAUCCCAAUUACCACUUCUUACUGGCUCAUACUUGCACAGGCAAGAAUUAAGUUAGCUUUAAAUCUUGUGAGCUAGAAAAAAAAACAACAUUGUAUUUUAUUAUGUUUUUUUUUUUUUUUUUUAAAACUUUUAUUCCGUUAUUAUUAUUUUUUAUUCGUGCACUUAAAUGAUAGCCAUCAUUUGCUUCAGUGAGAUGUGUUUAUCAAGGUUUUUGUAUGUUUUCCUGUUUGAAAUUCUUAAAUGACAGUGUGGCCAUCAUCAUUUCAAUUUACAUUGCUUAAUGCUUACGGUCUAUGUUUAAAUUCAAUGCUUAAAAUAUUGCUGCAAGUAGCUCAUCGGAGUAAUUAACCUGUAACCUGUCAAACCACUAUGGUAAAAUUUGUAGAGUGCGGGGAGGGUGUAAAAAAAACAACACAUUUUUCUCACCAUCCGAAAGACUGCGCCACGUUUAAUGCCAGUGAUGACUUGAGGUGUCGCUAUGCUGGCAUUUGGAGUCCACGCACAGAUUUUUAUCACAUAACUUGUUAUGGUAAUUAACGUGGUAUCUGAUAAUUAAGUGCCUUGAUUGUGUUGAGUGCUAAUUUUAACUUGCCACCGCGAGUUGGGGUGAUGCAUUGCCAAUUUGUGCUUCAAAGGGAAUUCUGUCCCUCGGCAUCAUUUUGUUUUGUAGAAAAUACCUGUUGGUAUACUUGAAUUACUUGUAUAGCAAUUACUAUGUUGUUUUAACAAUAUAGAUAAAUUGUUUGCAGUUAUUAAACUAUCGUAUGUUAAAUUCAGAUCACGUCUCAAGUGUCUUUAAAAUGGUAUCUGCUGAAGUUGGCUACCACAUCAUUUAAAAACAUAUAUACAUUUGCACCACAAACGUAAAGUUGUUAUCUCUUUUUAAAAAUCGCUGUCUACUCAUCAUUUUUUAAUUUUAAUUAAACAAAAAAUAAAUAAAAAAUAAAUUCUUGAAGCUGAUUGGAAGUGGCAAGCGUGCCGUUAGGGUUGACUUUUUUUUUUUUUUUUUUUAAACUUUAUCUUACAGUUUGUAAAUGCUUUGUGACGAAGUGACGAACGCAAUGUACCCCCGCCCCACAAAUGGAUGGAAGUAAAUCUGUAUCAUGGGAGUUUGAAUGUGAAUUUGUAAGACUGAAUUUUGUCAGCAUCGAAAUUCAGUUGCAAUAAUUUACUUGCAAAGUUUUAGUUGCAAAAUAUUCAGUCUCAAACAAUUUGUAGGAAAUAUUUCAUUUGCAGUAAUUCAGGGGCAAAAGCUGUAUUCACAAAUAUUCUGUUGCCAAAAAUUCAGUCCCAAAAAUGUAGUAACCAAAAAUUCAAUAGCAAAUAUUUUGGUCGUAAAAACGAGUCUGAAUAAUUCAGUCCCAAUAAUUCUGUAGCAAAAGUUGAGUUGUAAAAAAAUAAAUAGCAAAAAAAUAGGACCCCAAAAAUAUCAAUACUAAAAUUUCAGUCACAAAUAUUCAGUUCCAAAAAUACAGUGGCAAAUAAUUCAGUGACAAAAAUUAAUUUUCUAAAAUGAAAUUGCAAAGAAUGCAGCUGGUGAAUAUAACCACAGUAGUACCUCUACAUACAAAGUUAAUUCGUUCCAGGACCGUGUUUGUAAAUCGAAAUGGUCGUGUGUCGAGCAGGAUUUUCCCAUAACAAUACAUUAUAAUUCCACUAAAUUGUUCCACAGCCCUAAAACCUACACUAAAUCCUUAACAACUACUGCUGGUACAAUUACAAAUGGCAAUUACACAUAACAAAACAAAUAAAUUAUUAAUACAAACUGGAAUCAAAAUAAUAAUUCCUGUAAUAAUGUAACAAUUUGGGUUCUAAUGUGGCGGACGUCUUAGGCGUGCUGUACCUGAACGCAUCGCUGAAGUGACAGAGCGAGGGAGAGGUGUGGUUGAGAUGCUCUCUUUUAAUGGUUUGUUGAGCAAACCGUCAACUGCGACGCCCAGUAGGCGUGUUGUGUUGCACACGUUCUGAAAUAAAUGAUAACCUGAUGAAGCUGACUAUUUCUUUGGCGAUUUUACCUUAAUAAUAAUUGUCACCUUAACUUACAUUCCACGGCCUUAUUGUUGAGCCAGUUCACGGAUGCGCACCCGACGCUUAUAUUUUUCUAUCAUUUCCAUCUUUAUUUCAAUGGUAAGCUUUUUCCCUUGUUUCACCACCUGCACGAACCUUCUUGGAACCUGUGUUGAUUUCUCCCACAAGAAAAUCCGCCGUGCGUCCGCCUGCGGCGCUGUCAUGUCAUAUUUCGAGCAUUUCGUUGGAUGUAGAAACAAAUGGCGAGUCAAAUUUUACGUCGGAUGUCGAAAAGAUUGUGUGUCGAAGUGAUCGUAUGUGAGGUACCACUGUACUUCCAUGCGACUGAAUUUUGAUGCUGAUAAAAUUUGGUUAGAAAUUCUGAUUCAAACUCAAAUGGCACAGAUUUACAUCCAUAAAAUAUGAAAAUCAUGUCGGUUGUUGUGGCAGCACCCUGAAAAGUAGUAAGGGAGGAGUAAGUGGAUGCGAGCUAAUGCCAUGGGUAAUGUAACCAAGGAUUUUUACAGUUCUAUUUUUAAUGGUCGCUGGUUUCAGUCCCUUAGUGUGUUAGUGCUACAAAACACUAUUGUCAUAUAACAUCUGUUUUUUUUCCCAACCAUGCUGUGUUAAAAAAAAAAAAAAGAAGUGGUUGUGUGAAGGGCCCCUGAGUAACACCGCCUCCACCUUUUAACUACCUGACUUUGUGUGUCACAGAAGGAGUAAAUAUGGGCCCUGCAAACUCUCCAUACGGCUUUAGCUCUUAAUUCCUGAUUAGCUGAAAAGGACAGCACUUGCUCUCGGGAUCUUGGGAUAUCAGACGACACCGAGGGGGGACGUAAGCAAGUGUUUUUGUGCCUCAUUUUUGAAGCGCAGGGAUGUUGGCGGGGUAAAAGGGUGUUUCUGUAAUAGAUACUUAUCUUACUGCCCUCAAGCCCCUCAAACAAAGUCCCCCUUCGAAGAGAUUAUAACCCAGGGAGGCACAUUAACUCUAAUCCCAUGCUUUGAGGCCUCGCACCCCCGUACCACCCUCUGCCCCAUUUAUUCCAUCCCUUCUGUUGUUUGGGGAGAGGAGGGGCUCACCUUGUUUCUGGUGCCUGUAGGAGCAAGGUUUGUGGGUACACGACGCCUGCCUGCGUGUGUGUGUGUGUGGGACGGGGGGGUGGAGUGACUGCUGCUGUUUCUGUAGCCCGCUGACUCCAGUGAAAAGCACUGAGGGCUGCAUACUGCUGUGUAACUGAUUCCUCUCUCUGAAGAGAUUAGGAGCUACAUUGUCGCUUCGGUUGCUCAUUUCCAUGAGAGCGCAGCCUCCCGCCAGCACCCUGCUCACUUUUGUUAGUUCCACUCGGAAAACACAAGGCCCGAUGUCCCGGGCUUCCUCGUCGUCAUUGUCUCACAAAUAGGCCCCGAAUGUAGAUGUCACGUUACAGAUGCCCAAUAACCUCAUUAAAAGCCGAAGAGGACACAUUUGCAUGAACUUCACUUUGGGCACUUUGAUGGAACCUCUAAGCCAGGGGUGUCCAAACUUUUUGCAAAGGGGGCCAGAUUUGGUGUGGUAAAAAUGUGGGGGGGCCGACCUUGGCUGACGUCCUUUACGUAGAACAAUAUAUUUAAGCAAAUUUUAGCAAGCCAUUCUGUGUGUCACAUUUACUUUAUAAUUUUUUUGAAAUUAAUAAUUUCAACAAUCUCGUAA